UCACUCAUUCACUCACACACUAACACUCACACCCUGAGCCACAGCGUUAGAGUCCGCUUGUCUCUGCCCUUGAGUCAGUAAUGACAAUAAUGCUACUUUAAUGCGUAAACUGUCGUUUCUUUCAAAUAUUUUCGGAAAAGCUUUACAAAUACACUCAUCUGUCUACAUGGCAUUUUAGAGGAGUUUCGCAGUCAGUUUUUAAAGCCCGCCACAGCACUGAAUCUGCCCCAGAAGGGUUUUCACAAUCUUUUAUUAGCUCCUGACGGGUCAUUUCUGGACCUUUCUCCUCAUCGCUCGCCUAGAGCGCUGCGUUGGCAUUAAAGGAACCGCAUGUAAAGCACACAGCAAAAAACCUGCUGUGAUAAUGGACAGGGAAUUAAACUGAACAAGUAGAUCUUUGCAGUUGUAAAAUCAAACUUUUUAAACGCAUAUAUAAUAAAAGACAACUACAAUCAAAUAUUGAUAUAAUGAAUCCACCCUAUAUUGCCUUCAAUGCAGUUCUAUCCCUUUGGCUUCUAACUUAACACCUCAUUACAUGCAGUACUUUCUCACCUGUUCUACAGUUCUUUAACACUAGUCAAUGUUAUUUUACAGCUGGUUCAUUUCAUCAGCUGACCACGAGUGUCGGUUGUCCCGCCCUCUGAUUUGAUGAGAGCAGACGGCGCUGAUGAAAUAAUAAGCAUCAUUUGAUUUGAGCCGCAUUCCUUCCGUGCCGCAGCUCGAUGCCGCUGCGUUCCGUUAAGCUGCUCGCGGUGAUAAGUGACGGCCACUCGGAUCCCCUUCGCCGUUAACGAGGACCGACGCUCGGCGGACGUUACCGGGACAGCGCCUUCCAUCCCCUCUCGUCGCCGAAUGCUCGCGCGGUUGUGCGCGGACAAGAUGAUGAUCUCCCCGUGGGACCGCUGGUUCUCCACCAGCUGCUGUCUGUGCUGCCAUGUCCGCACAGGGACCAUCAUCCUGGGCGUCUGGUACAUGCUCAUCAAUGCCGUGGUGUUACUCAUCCUGCUCACGGCGCUCAGUGAUCCUGAGCAGUACCACCUGACCAGCGCUGAGCUGGCUAAUGACCUGGAUGUCAUGGAUGACGCCAACAUGUGCAUCGCCUCAGCCAUCUCUCUGCUGAUGAUACUGAUAUGCGGGAUGGCAACGUAUGGCGCAUACAAGCUGCGCGCCACCUGGAUCAUCCCGUUUUUCUGCUACCAAAUAUUUGACUUUGCUCUCAACACCCUGGUUGCUGUCAGCAUCGUGGUUUACCCCAACACAGUGCAGGACUACCUGCAGCAACUGCCGGGUAACUUCCCCUACAAAGAGGAGAUCGCAGCUCUCAGUAACGUGUGCUUGGUCCUCAUCGUGUUGCUCUUCAUCGGCUCUAUUCUCAGCUUCAAGGCCUACCUGAUGGCAUGUGUGUGGAACUGCUACAGAUAUGUGAGCGGCCGGGGGGCUUCAGAAAUCCUGCUCUACGUCACAACCAACGACACCACGGUGCUGCUGCCUCCGUAUGAUGACAGCGUCAGCGUCCCUCCCAAGCAGGCUCCUCCCCCGUACACCCCGACCAAAGCAUGAAAACAUUCCCAGAAUCCUGCUGACUGGACCUCCAUACGUCCACUCUGUUUCUUUUUACAGACGCGAUGUGCAUUUCAAUGCAUUUUAAUCUGUGUGCAAAAAAGGCACGCAAAAGUGUUGGAUACUAUAUAUUUGGAUUACUUCUAGUCCCGCUUUGUGUGUACCGUAAUAGUGUUUUGUGUCCUACCUUUGAUAGUCACAUCUAACUUAUGCACAAAUGAUCUUAUUGCCCGGAGUGAUGAGUGACCAGUCGCCGUGUGUUUCCCGUUCGUCUCGUGAUCAGCGUUGGAUUGCCUUUACUCGUAACUUUCUCUCUUUUUGGGGGGUGACCCGUGUGUGAAGUGUCACCUUGACUGGAAGUUGUCCCAAAGAAACACACCUGCCUGUAUUCUUACAUGAUCACAAAGCAACCUAGUGUAUCUUGAACAUAUCACCUUUCCCCCCCCCCCCCCCCGUUUUAUUCCACGACAAAAACCGUCAUAACUUUCAAAUGUGACAUUCAUAUUUAUCUAUUUUGAAUGCACAGAAGUAGCGCUGAUCUGGAAUCAGCGUGCUCUUUGAAGUCGUUAUGAAUGAGUCGCUCAAGGGAACCCGGUGCUCUAGAUCGGGGCCCCUCUGGGUCCAGGAGCUCAGUAAAUAAGGGCCCUGCUUGUGUUUUUUCAAUUAAAACCAAACGGGGAGCUUCUGGUCUGUGUAAACACACAGGUCUGCUCCACCAGAUGCAGCUAUUGGCCGGCUGCUUCCUGGCCACAACAUGUCGUGCAAGGAAAAGUCAAACCUGUGUGGCUGCUGCUGUAUGAAAAAAUAGAAGAUGUAUUUGUGUAUUAAAAGUCUUAAUUUCUCCG